CAAGUCCUUUUUACAAUCGCGGCCUUGUUGUCCGUGUCAGCCAAUGCAGCAAGCUGUCAGCUUUCAGCUUACUCAUGCCUCGUCUCGAACGCGGCGGCCUCUGCAUACUGCACCUCAGCACUCGGCGUUGCAACAGAAGCAGCUGUCACAUCGUUGGAUGUUAUAGUAAGAACGACGACACUCUCGGAUGUUCCUACUAGCACAGUCACCAUCACCUCUACCAAGUCAAUCGUCUCCAAGAGCACUACAACGACAUUUACGACACCUUCGGCCAAGGCGACGGGUAGAAGACGCAGGAGAGCAGAAACAUGCGGCACAGCUGAGGAUGUCCUGUCUGGACUGGACAAGUCGGAGCUAUCAGAAGCAUGCUUCUGUAUUGGAGCAUUGCCAUCUGUUGAAGCUGCCCUAAUGGAGGCAGCACCAUCGACCACGACGAUAACCGGCGAAGUAUGGUUUACCGUCGCUCCUGAGGUCACGACCUCAAUCACACAGACUGUAUCGAGUCUGUCUGUCUCGACGGUCAAGAUGGCAGCACCUUCUUUCACUCAAGUCUGGGGACCAAAAGCUGGCUGUGAUGAUAUAGGGCAGAAGUCUGUGCAAACAAUCAUGCUCGCAACCCUGAACGAGUCUCAAGUCACAGACAUCUGCAAAGCUACGUGCAUAGCGAACCACUUUUGGAACUGCUACUACAACAACCACACGUUCGAUGAGAAGAAAGAUCUCAACUGCAGUAAAGAUGAGUCGAUUUGGGGUACGGCUAAAGGUUAC